AUGAGAAUCCAAACUCAGGAAGAACACUGGACGAGUGGAAAAGUGCGAGAUCAAGAAGAAGCGGUGUUUCCGCUGCCAACGGUUCGGGCAUCUGGCGUGGUCGUGCCAGGAGACGCCCCAGUGCGGCCACUGCGCCGGCACGCAUUUACGAGCAAGAUGCCCACCAGGCGUCAGAGCACGCUGCCUGGAAUGCAGUGGUCAACAUCCGACGGGAGAUCGAUUGUGUCCGACCCCGACGAACGCACCAUCCCUGCGAUGUUAGAGAAAAACCUUUAUCUUUUACAGCUGAACACCAUGAAAUCGAGGGCAGGAAUGGAAGCCCUCAUUAACGACCACCAGAGCCAGGACUUAGACGUGUUGCUCAUCCAAGAGCCAUCCAUCACUGCGUACCGAACCCAUGUCAAUCACAAUACCCUCCGAAAUAGCUCUAAAGCCACGGGUCUUAUACUGUCUAGGGACUUCAACCGCCACUAUCUGGCAUGGGGAGGAAACCACAUUCAACCUCGAUUUAAUGAAGACGCCAGCGAGUUGAUCGACUUCUUCUAUACAUACGCCCUACGAGGGUGUCUUCCUCGCGGUAUACCGACGUUUUGGUCGCUAAGCCACCCAGGGAGAAACUCGACUAUUGACCAGACCGUGACGAACAGACCCGAUCUCCUCGUCAAAUGCCAUCUCUACCAUGACAACUAUAGCUCGGAUCACCGAGCAAUAUACUCGGCAUGGAGUCUCCGAACACGGCGUAACUCUGCCGCCAAGGCACGCAAAGCGUACGACCGAGCCGAUUGGGACAAAAUCGGGAACGACGUAUAG